UCAUUGAACCUAAGGUAAACCCUCUUUCAGCCAAUUUCAGUACAAAAAUCUGCUCUAAAGCCCCUAUAACUGCUCUAAAAUCCCUCAAAAAUUCAAAAUCUAAAUUAUCGCUGAACCCAAGGGCUUUCAGAAGAAUUUUUUCCUGAAAAUUUUAAGUCAGAGAAUUAAAGCUAACAGAAAUAUAUGCCUGAAGGUAUAAAUAUUAAUGCUUUUAAAAGGGAACAAACUCCUCAGUUGGAAAUGAAAGAAGUAUUUGAGUCGGUACUGCCAGAAGACUUGGUUGUCCCUAAUAAUGAAGAGAGAAAGUCUGAGGUGAAAGAUCAGUUGGUAGAGCCUGAAAUUGUUAGCAGAACUGAUGACGAUGAGAGCAUAAUUCCAAUGGAUCCUUCAAUUGGAAGUAAUAUGUAUUCGAAAAGUCGCACUACUAAAACCUCUGGCAACCCCUACUCCUGCCCAGACUCCCAGGUAAUCAUUACCCCUAAAAUCCCUGCCUAAACUUCCUACUACUCCAAGUCAACCCUCCAGCCAGACUUUUCAAGAUCUGACUGGAGCAAGGCACUUGGGGUUUUAUCAGAAAAAAGAAAGGAACAGGACUGAGUUCAGAGGAAAUAAAAUCUGAAGGAAGUAGAGAGCAGGAAACAGAAGGGCAAUUGGAGAAAUUAAAGGAGAGGAUAGAGGCGUUGGAAAAGGAGAAGGAUGAGUUAGUGCAGAUGAAUAAGGCUAAGCAGAAAAUUAUUGAGAAUUCUUUGUGGAAAUGGGACCAUUUUAAGCAAGAAGUGCAGGGAUUAGAUCAAAAAUAUCACACAGAAGAGGAAAUGAAGAAGGAUGGCAUUGAAGAAGAAUUUGAAAUAAUAAACUAUAAUAAUCCAACCGAUGAGGAAGAAAAAUCAUCAACUUCUCAAUCCUUAAUUCUUUCAGAAAACAGCCCUUCCAAUAUUGUUUACCUUAUUGACAAAUACGAUCAUGACUUUGAUGAGCUCAAAUCAGAAGCAGCCAAGCUUAUGUAUUUCAGCCAUAGCAUUCAAAAGACCAGCUCUAUUGGCUCUGAAGAAAUCUCACGUCAAAGUAAAGAAAAAAGAGUCCAGUUUUCGAAUGCCUAAGGCAUACUAGAAAGUAUAAAGAGAAACCAAGAUUUCUAUAUUGAAU